AACCACUGUAUAAAAAUUAUUUUAGCAUGUUUUUAGGAGUAUGAAUAAAUCAAGAGGCGGUAGAGUCAGUUUAGGAAACCACUUCAGUGCUAGUUUGUUGUGUUUCAGUUUCUUCUUCUUGAUCUUGUUUUACCAUUUAUUGAUGUAACGUUGAUUAUAAUAAAUUAGUGGUAGAGGCAAGAGUUCUUUUCAGCAGCUGAAGUAAGAAAGAUGGAGGCUUUGAGUGUGGACUCGGUAGAGAGCCAAAACAAUAUCUCAGCUGCUGAAGAAAAUUGCCAGGGCACUAGCUUCACCAGGACUUGCUUUAAUGGACUAAAUGCUCUCACAGGUGUAGGGAUAUUAUCAAUUCCAUAUGCACUUUCUCAAGGAGGGUGGCUAUCCUUAAUCAUCCUUUUCGUCAUAGCACUUCUGUGUUUUUAUACCGGACUGCUUCUGCGUCGCUGUAUGGAUUUAAAUCCUACUAUUAAAACUUACCCUGAUAUCGGACAAGUGGCCUUUGGAAGCACAGGAAGGGCUCUGAUAUCAACUUUUAUGUAUCUUGAAUUGUACUUUGUUGCCGUAGAGUUUCUGAUUUUAGAAGGUGAUAACUUACAUAAGCUAUUUCCGGAUGUAAAUUUUCACAUUGCUGGAAUAAGUAUUCCAGGAAAACAAGGCUUUGUUUUACUAGCAGCAUUAUUAGUAUUGCCUACAACCUGGCUAAGGAAUUUGGGAUUGUUGGCUUAUAUUUCUGCUAGUGGUGUAUUGGCUUCUAUUGUUCUGGUAUGUUCUGUUUUCUGGGUUGGUGCAUUUGAUGGCGUGGGAUUCGACGAAAAAGGAAGCCUUUGGAACUGGAAUGGCCUGGCUACUGCUAUAAGCCUGUAUACCUUUUGUUAUUGUGGACAUGCAGUGUUUCCCACCCUCUGCAAUUCAAUGAAAAAUCGCGCUCAAUUUCCCAAGGUGCUGUUGGUCUGUUUUGUUCUAAGCACCAUUUGUUAUGGUUCAAUGGCUGUUCUAGGCUACUUGAUGUAUGAUGGAAGUUUGAUGUCUCAAGUGACUCUGAAUCUUCCCACUAAAAAGUUAAGCUCAAAAGAUGCAAUAUAUAUGACGCUCAUGAACCCCAUCACCAAGUAUGCCAUUAUUGUGUCUCCGAUUAACACAGCUAUUGAAGCCACAUUUCCUUUACUAAAAAGACGUUCAAUAAGUCUCUUUAUCAGGACAGUUAUAGUGUGCAGCACUGUUCUAGUGGCACUAACCAUACCAUUUUUCGGGUUUGUCAUGGCAUUGAUUGGUGCAUUUACAGGUACAAGUGUUUCGAUGUUGUUCCCGUCCAUAUUCUACCUGAAGAUCAACAAAGCUGCUAGGAAGUUUGGGGUUGAGUUGGUGAUCAUUAUCUUGAUAGUAAUGAUGGGGGCAUCAGUAGCUGUAGUGGGUACCUAUACUUCUUUGCGUGAUAUUGCUAGACAUGCACAUUCAAAUUAAGUAUUGUUGAUUGGUUUGCCUGAAAUUGUUGAUUCAAAAUCAUUUGAGACUGAUUAGUGGAGGCAGCAUAUAAGAACAGUUGAAACUUUACAAGAUCAUAGCAUGGCUUCUUAUUUGUUUGAAAAAGAGUGUAGGAGGAAGUCAGAGGUUAAGUUCUCUGUGAUGUGUGAUAACGAGAAUGAUUGUAGUUAAUCUAUCUUUGAAGAAACAAGUUUCUCCAAUUGAAUUUUGUUUAAAUUUAAUCCAAGCUAAG